ACGCGCGCGCGCUGCAGGACCACACCAUCAUGGCAGAGCAGGUGGCCCUGAGCCGCACCCAGGUGUGCGGGAUCCUCCGAGAAGAGCUGUACCAAGGCAAUGCCUUCCACCAGACGGACACACACAUAUUCAUCAUCAUGGGUGCUUCGGGCGACCUGGCCAAGAAGAAGAUCUACCCUACCAUCUGGUGGCUCUUCCGGGACGGCCUCCUGCCCCAAGACACCUUCGUUGUGGGCUAUGCCCGCUCCCGCCUCACGGUGGCCGACAUCCGCCGCCAGAGUGAGCCCUUCUUCCGGGUUAACCCUGAGGAGAAGCCGAAGCUGGAGGAGUUCUUUGCCCGCAACUCGUACGUGGCCGGCCAGUAUGACGACCCUGCCUGCUACCGGCAGCUCAGCGCCCACAUCAGCAGCCUGCAGCAGGGGCCGCACACCAACCGGCUCUUCUACCUGGCCCUGCCCCCAAGCGUCUACGAGGCUGUCACCAGGAACAUCCACGAGACGUGCAUGAGUCAGACAGGUUGGAACCGAGUCAUUGUGGAGAAGCCGUUCGGGAGGGACCUGCAGAGUUCGGACCAGCUGUCGAGCCACAUCUCGUCACUGUUCCGAGAGGACCAGAUCUACCGCAUCGACCACUACCUGGGCAAGGAGAUGGUGCAGAACCUCAUGGUGCUCAGGUUUGCCAACAGGAUCUUCGGGCCUAUCUGGAACCGCGACAACAUCGCCUGUGUGAUCCUAACCUUUAAGGAGCCCUUUGGCACCGAGGGCCGCGGCGGCUAUUUCGAUGAGUUCGGCAUCAUUCGGGACGUGAUGCAGAACCACCUGCUGCAGAUGCUGUGCCUGGUGGCCAUGGAGAAGCCCGCCUCCACGGACUCUGACGACGUCCGCGACGAGAAGGUCAAGGUGUUGAAGUGCAUCUCAGAAGUGCAGACGGACAAUGUGGUUCUGGGCCAAUACGUGGGGAACCCCAAUGGAGAGGGAGAGGCCAGCAAAGGGUACCUGGAUGACCCCACGGUGCCCCGCGGCUCCACCACAGCCACCUUCGCGGCCGUCGUCCUGUAUGUGGAAAACGAGAGGUGGGAAGGAGUGCCCUUCAUCCUGCGCUGCGGCAAGGCCCUAAACGAGCGCAAAGCUGAGGUGCGGCUGCAGUUCCGGGACGUGGCUGGCGACAUCUUCCACCAGCAGUGCAAGCGCAACGAGCUGGUCAUCCGCGUGCAGCCCAACGAGGCCGUGUACACCAAGAUGAUGACCAAGAAGCCCGGCAUGUUCUUCAACCCUGAAGAGUCGGAGCUGGACCUCACGUACGGCAACAGAUACAAGAAUGUGAAGCUGCCCGACGCCUAUGAGCGUCUCAUCCUGGACGUCUUCUGCGGCAGCCAGAUGCACUUCGUACGCAGCGAUGAGCUGCGCGAGGCCUGGCGCAUCUUCACUCCACUGCUGCACCGCAUUGAGCGCGAAAAGCCGCAGCCGAUCCCCUAUGUUUACGGCAGCCGAGGCCCCACAGAAGCAGAUGAGCUCAUGAAGAAAGUGGGCUUCCAGUACGAGGGCACCUACAAGUGGGUGAACCCCCACAAGCUGUGAGCCCCUACACCCACUCCGCCCCCUCCCCACCCCCAGCCACCCCUCUGUCUCCCAUGUCGGGAGGACUUUGGGACCACAGGCCUCCCCUC